AUGUUGACCCACGGCCGAAACGUCUCCUAUGACAUCCCAGACCCCCGUCUGCCACAAGCAUCGCAAUGGCUUAUUUCCAACCCGAACCGAAUCAACUUGGGACGAAUUGGGCUUCAGUACAAGGGCGAGUUCCUCACAGAGUCACAAAUUAGUGAUCCGCGUCAAGAAUUGGAUCUGUGGAGAGGCGUUAUCACUUCAACUUUCAAAGUCGACGGUCAACUGGUGAAAGUGGUGACGCAGGGCGAUUUCGGGACUGACACGGCUGUUUUUGAAGUCCAGUCAGCUCUUCUCUCUUCGGGGGAUCUAACUGUUGGAUUAGACUUUCCUUACCCCCCGAUUCACUCAACAAAGUACAAAUAUGAAGUGUUUGUCGGCAGUUACGAUUUCCGGCAGAACCAUACCACAUCGAUUGUUGAAAACACAAAGGACCGGGCCCAUAUUUUCCACCAAUUGCAAGGGACAAGCUACUUUGUUAAUCUACGAUGGCCUGCUUCUUCUUUGCAAUUGUCUCGCGUAAGCAACGCGACUCACCGCUAUACGCUUUCGCUUUCCUCCUCGUCUACGCUGAAAUUCACUGCCAAUUUUGCGCCGGACAAGCAGGUGCCAGGCUCCCCAAAAGCGAUCCAACGCCAAAAUCCCAUCGACUGGAAGGAAUACUGGACUCAUGGAGGGUUCGUCGAUCUUACCGCAUCGUCCAACCCUAAGGCGAAUGAACUUCAGCGUCGUAUCAUCCUGUCGCUGUAUCAUGUACGGGUCAACAGUGCGGCUAAAGGACAGUCCCCUCAGGAAAGUGGACUGAUGAAUAAUGGGUGGUAUGACCAGCCCCAUCCUAUGUACCUCGCAACACUGGCGUACCAAGCCUCACCAACACGCAAGACUCUUGAACGUUGGGAUCCCAUCUUGACAGCUACUGCGGACUACAUGGCUUCUUAUGCUUGGAAAAAUGAGACUUCCGGUUACUACGAUCUCGGACCGCUGGCAUAUGGCGUCACCGAAAAUACUCCGUCCACGCAGAGCCUGAAUCUAGCAUAUGAGGUACGUUUACCGUAUAUGCGCUCGGCAGUACUUAUUUCUGCCAAGAUUGCCUACUGGCGAUACGGCCUAGAUGUCGCCGGCUCAUGGAAGAGAAAACUCCGCCAACAAGUGCCCGAUUCAUGGACGACCGUUGCGGACAAUCUCGCACCUCCGCCUCAAGUUGACGGCCUUUAUGCCGUCUAUCAAGGCUUGAAUAGCUCUUGGUGGAAUGAUACGUCUCUAACCAAGGAUCCUCGCAGUUUGAUUAUGUUGCAGGGUAUCCUCCCCGAUACACCAGCAGUGGAUGCCAAAGUUGCAUUGGCAACCGCGCAGAAGGUCUGGGAAGUCUGGACAGAUGACAAAAUCAGAGGAUGGGGAAGACCUGUGCUCGCCAUCAACGCUGCUCGGGUUGGGAGCCCGGAAAGGGCAAUAGGGCAUUUAACCGCCUAUGACUAUUGGGUCUUCGAUGAUGCUGAGACGAUGCUCCUCGAACUAACCCUCCCGCUCCUCCUUGCCCUCACCUCCUCCGCCCAACCCACCCCAUCACCAACCACCACCACCCUCCCAACCCUUCAAUCAGGCUGGUACUUCAUCCGCGCUGUCGAAACCCCAGCCUACCACAGCUACCUGCAGACCAUCCCCAGCGCUACCCCAGGACCAGCCUACCUCUCGUCCAACACCAACGCCGGCCAAUUCAACAUCAUCUCCGGCCAGCUAGUCUACAACACCGGCGCAGGCCAGCUAUUCAUGAACGUCGAGGAUCCCGCCGACAAGACGCAGCGCACCCUCCAGACGUGGUUCAACGAGACGCAGAACCAGUACGGCACGUUUGCGUUCCAGGGGGAUGCGGUGACGUGGAGCGUGGGUGAUAUUGCACGGCCGAAUGUGGCGGCGUGGUAUGUUUGUGGGGACCAGGGGAGGUUGUAUAUCAAUACGGGCCCCUAUGGGUAUCAGACGCCGGAGGGCUGUUAUGAUGAGACGGUAUGUCGGUGUUGUGGUGACAUUGUGGGAUGUAUACUGACGAUGCUAUGCAGAUUCAUUCUUAUGGGGGGUCGACGCCGACGGUUUGAUGUGAUGGGAUUUAUGGGAAUUGCAAUACGUGUUGUCUGA